AAUCCUUAAAGCCAUAUUGUUUUGUUCAUUACCUAUUAGCUACAUCAUCAGUUGUUUGAAUCUUGAACUCAACCUUGACUUGUGAUUUUUGUUUCCCACUUUGUUUUCCUCAUUUUCUGUCUGUGGAAGGAACCUGUGGUUAUGUGCUCUCAAACAAGUCCUCCUCGUCUCUCUUUCUCCCAUGAUCUAUCUGAAUUACAAGUUUCACCACUGAAAAAGGAUGUUCCUUGCAGAGACACAUUGAUGCUGGACUCAAAUUCUGAAUUUGAGUUCAGCACAAGUAGAAUCCUUGAGUUUGAAUCAUCUUCAGCAGAUGAACUUUUCUCUAAUGGGGUGAUCCUUCCAAUUCAGAUACAAGAGAAAACCACUACUAGAAAACAUUCCCAUUAUGUGGAAUCUCCUUAUACAAAACUUCCUCCUCGUCCAUGUGUUGACAAAGUGAAGAAAGAAACCAUUAGAGAAAUCCUUGAUGUGAGUUCUGAUCAUGAGAAAAAAUCUCAUUCAAGGUCUUUCUGGGGAUUCAGUAGAAGUAGAAGUCUAAAUUGUGAUACAAAGAAGAGCUUAGUCUUCUCUUUACCUCUUCUGUCAAGAAGCAACUCAACUGGUUCAGUGCUAAAUCCAAAGAGAAUGAGUUCAAACAAGCAUCCAACAGUAGCUAAAUCAUCAUCAUCAUCAUCAUCAUCUUCAUGUUCUACCUUAAAUUGGCAUCCUAUGCAAAAAUCUCCUUCAGGUAAGAGUUAUGGAGGAUCUUAUGGCAAUGGUUUUAGGAUUAGUCCUAUCUUAAACGUACCAACUCCUUAUGUUUCAAAGGGAAGUGCAAAUCUCUUUGGGUUGGGUUCAUUUUUACGUGUUGGGAAGAUCAAGAAGAGCAAGAAGUGAUUUGUUCAUAUGUUAAUUAUCAUGUAAUGAAUUCAUGUUGGCUUAUCAUAAUCAUUGUCUGUUCCAAUCAGAAAAGAAAGUGACAAGUGAUGGAGGCUAAUUAGCAUGGUUGUCAAUGAGGCUAAUUAUGCUAUCUCAAGACAAUGAUUAUUUGGAUCAAAGCUUAAAAGAAGAAAUAGAUCAUUGAUCUUCUGAAUGUCAUGGUCAUAUAGAUAAAAGGGUCCAUAGCUUGGGAGACAGAAC